AUGAAGGAGCGCGGCUACAUUCAGCUUCAAUGUCUUGGCACAUCUGUUGGUUCCUUACACGGUCUUCUCCAGGAGGCGCAAUCUUAUAAUUUGGACAAAGCGACGACAAUGACCACCGUUUACCGAUCUAUCUGCAGUUCAGAAACUGCCUCGCGUUGGUCUAAAUUCAGCACCCGGCCAUCACGAAACAUAUCCACGGUAAUCGUUGAUAAAAAGAAGAAAGACGAGUUACUCCGAGAUAUCAAUGAAUACCUGUUUCCACACACGCGCCGGUGGUAUUUUGACCAUGUAAUCCCCUACCGACGCGGAUAUCUGUUGUCGGGGGCACCUGGGAUGGGAAAAACUAGUCUCACCUCUGCCCUUGCGGGUCUCUUUGGGCUGAAUGUCUACGUCUUGAGCCUCCUCGACCCGAACUUAAACGACGCACAACUCAUGAAACUGAUGUCUGAGGUCCUCUCGCGUUGCAUUGUACUGCUGGAAGAUGUUGACGCCGCAGGGCUGGGUCGACGACAAAUGAAGACUACAGGUGUUCGGUCAAGGUCAGGGAGUAUUGUGGCUUUUUCAACGGAUUCACCCGAUAGAUGGCUACCAGGUUCUAUUCCUGUGACACAAGUCGCUUCAGUCUCACUAUCGGGCCUACUCAAUGCGAUCGACGGGGUUUCUUCACAAGAAGGACGGAUCCUAAUUAUGACCUCCAACUCCCCAGAGAGUCUCGAUCCGGCGCUCAUCCGACCGGGCAGAGUGGACAUGCAUUUUGACUCUCAGCUCCCCUCCCGCGAGCAGAUGCAUGCCUUGUUUGCCAAUAUUUACAGUGACGUGUCUGUUGAUGCAUCAGAAGAGGAUAAGGAAUCAGAAUUGCGUCUUGAUGCGAUGGCGGAAAGGUUUUCCUCUUCGAUCACAGAGAGAUCAGUGAGCCUAGCGAGGCUACAAGGUUAUUUGUUGCAGUACAAGAAAUACCCAAGGAAAGCGAGUGAAAAUGGGGCCGAAUGGGCGAAAAAUAAUAGUGUAUGGUGCAUGCAAUAUGAACAAAAGGGUCAUAAUCCGAUGCAGCAUCCCUGGUUGGUGUUUCAGCUUAGCACGAGUAAUGUACGCAGCAACUAUUGA